UUCCUGCUCCUCCGCCUCCUUCGCCGCUCCCUGUGCUGCCGCCGCCGCCGCCUUAACCCGGGACGCGCGGACCCGCCCAGCCUCUCCCCUACCCGAACACCGGGCCCCGGGCCUGAUCGAGGCCUCAAGCCCCCCCAAUUCCGCCAUGGCGGACCCCAAAUACGCCGACCUUCCCGGCAUUGCCAGGAACGAGCCAGAUGUUUAUGAAACCAGUGAUCUGCCCGAGGAUGAUCAAGCCGAGUUUGAUGCGGAGGAACUGACCAGCACGAGCGUGGAGCACAUCAUUGUCAACCCCAAUGCUGCCUAUGACAAGUUCAAAGACAAGAGAGUGGGGACAAAGGGACUUGAUUUUUCAGAUCGUAUCGGAAAAACCAAGAGGACAGGAUAUGAAUCUGGAGACUAUGAGAUGCUUGGAGAGGGACUAGGAGUAAAGGAGACACCACAGCAAAAGUACCAGCGACUUCUACAUGAAGUCCAAGAGCUGACAACUGAAGUUGAGAAGAUCAAGACGACAGUAAAGGAGUCAGCCACUGAAGAGAAGCUGACCCCUGUGGUGCUGGCUAAACAGCUGGCAGCCCUGAAGCAGCAGCUUGUGGCCUCCCACCUGGAGAAGCUACUGGGACCUGAUGCAGCGAUCAACCUCACUGAUCCAGAUGGCGCUCUGGCUAAGCGAUUACUGCUACAGCUGGAAGCAACAAAGAACAGCAAAGGGACAGUUUCAGGGGGAAAGACCACCAGUGGGUCCACCCCAGAUAGUGGCCUUGUCACUUAUGAAUUACAUUCUCGACCUGAGCAGGACAAGUUCUCUCAAGCUGCCAAAGUGGCAGAACUUGAGAAGCGCCUGACAGAGCUGGAAGCCACUGUACGCUGUGAUCAGGAUGCUCAGAACCCCCUUUCUGCAGGUCUACAGGGAGGCUGUUUAAUGGAGACUGUAGAGCUGUUGCAGGCAAAGGUGUGCGCUCUUGACAUCACAGUUUUGGACCAAGUGGAGGCUCGGCUACAGAGUGUCCUGGGGAAGGUGAAUGAGAUUGCCAAGCAUAAAGCCUCUGUAGAAGAUGCAGAUACACAAAGCAAGGUGCAUCAGCUGUAUGAAACCAUACAGCGCUGGAGCCCCCUUGCCUGUACCCUUCCUGAGUUGGUGCAGAGACUUGUCACCAUCAAGCAACUGCACGAGCAAGCCAUGCAGUUUGGUCAGCUCCUGACACAUCUGGACACUACACAGCAGAUGAUUGCUAGUUCCCUCAAGGAUAAUACUACACUCCUGACCCAGGUGCAGAAAACCAUGCGUGAAAACCUGUCCACAGUUGAGGGGAAUUUUGCCAGCAUUGACGAACGGAUGAAAAAGUUGGGAAAGUGAGCCCCUCUGGGAACAGAGGACAGGGGUAAUCCUUACCCCUCUGAACUGUUAACAGCUUAACCUAGGGUUUCCCAUAACUAUAACUCUCGUACCCCCAUCCUAUUUGACACAGGGCAAGGGGCUCUUCUUGCAUGUGGGGUUACACCCCUCCUCUGAUGACUGCAGAGUGGUAGCUGGAGAAUAGUCGAUCUCCCCAGCCACAUGCUGGCUCCUCUCUAAUACUAAUUUGCCUGGUGUGUGUGUGUGGGAACGUUGGGUCCUGUCUUCCAGCACAGCUCUAGCUGACUGCGAUACUGUACAUCUAUUUCCGACCAUUAAACGCUGUUGUACUCUG